CCUCUUUCCUGUCUGGACAGUCUUUAGGGGCGGGUUUGCGUUUAAUGGUUGGCCGGCGAGUGGAAAGCUGCGGGACUCCCUAUCAGGGUCGACCGGAGAGGUAAAUGGUGGAGUAGAAGGGGGUAAGGAGGAUAGUCGCCCAUGGCGUUCGACGAGAGGGCGUCGCCCCAUAACGGCGGCUAUGACUCGGUCGUCCACUAUGGCGAAGAUUUGGGCGCGGACUUGGAUGCCAAGGAGAGGGACGACAGGAGCGGCAGCAGGCACGGGGAGAAGCACAGGAGCGGCAAGGACAAGAAGCGGGAGACGAAAGACAAGAAGGAACACGGCCACAAGGAGCGGGACAAAACUAGGGCUCACGACUUGGCCAAGGAGGGUAGAGAGACCGACAGAAGUGGCGGUGGGACGAAGGAUAAACUGAGGGAGAGAGACGAUGAUAGGAAUCGCAGGGAGAAAGAUCGACAGAGGGAGCGAGGCGACGAGGAGAGGGACAGGGACAAGAGCAAGCACAGGGAGAAGGAGAAGGAGAAAGAGAGGGAGCAUCGGGCGAGAGAGAAGGAGGACGAUCGCCGGAGGGAUAGGGACGAGCGGGAGAGGGAGAGCAAAGACGAUCGCAGAAGGGACCGCGAAGACCGGGAGAGGGACAGAGGAGAAGUACGCAGGAGAGAUCGCGAUGAACGGGAAAGGGAGAAGGAAGACGAUCGCAGAAAGGACCGAGAAGAGAGGGAGAGGGAAAAGGAAGAUGCCCCCCGCAGGAGGGAUCGAGACGAGAGGGAGAAGGCGCAGGAGGAUGGUCGCAGAAAGGACCGUGAUGAGCGAGAGAGGGAUUACGCAAAGGAGAAGAAUAGAGAGAGGGAUAGAGGUCGGGAGAAGGAAAGAGAGGGAGAUAGGGCUAAGGAGAAGGAGAGGGACAGGGGGAAGGGUAAAAAUAGGGAUUCUGAGAGGGAGAUUGAUGGAGUGAAGGAAGGUGACAGGAAGGUGGAAAAGGGAAGAGCAGAGGCUACGGAUUACGAGGAAGGUGAAGUUAAUGGUGUUCGGCAGGAAGAUGGUGCUAAUGAUAAGAUGGAACGUGACAGUUUGACGUUGGAACGGUCUCAACCUUCUACUUCGGAGAUUGCUCAGAGGAUUGCUAAAGCAAGGGAAGAAAGAAUGAAGAAAACAGAGGAGAGUUCAGAAAUACUUGCAUGGGUGAAUAGGAGCAGGAAAAUUGAAGAAAAGAUAAAUGCUGAAAAGGAGAAAGCUUUACAACUAGCCAAGGUCUUUGAGGAGCAGGAUAACAUAGACGAGGAAAGCAGUGAAGAUGUGGUUGAGACUGAGCAAACUGCAAGUCUUGCUGGAGUUAAAAUCCUUCAUGGGUUUGAAAAAGUGGUGGAAGGUGGAGCUGUGGUGCUGACUCUCAAGGAUCAAAACAUACUUGCUGAUGGGGACAUUAACAAUGAGAUUGAUAUGCUUGAAAAUGUUGAAAUUGGUGAGCAAAAACAGAGGGACGAGGCUUACAAGGCUGCAAAGAAGAAAAGUGGGAUUUAUGAGGACAAGUUUAGUGUUGAUGCUUCUUCUCAGAAAACAAUCCUUCCUCAAUAUGAUGAUCCUACUAAAGAUGAGGGGGUUACUUUGGAUGAAAGUGGCCGUCUCUCUAGUGAAGCAGAGAAAAAGCUUGAAGAGCUCCGAAAGAGGCUAGAGAGUGUUUCUGCAGGUAGUCAUUUUGAAGAUCUCACAACUACAACAAAGGUGUCAUCAGACUACUAUACUCAUGAAGAAAUGCUGCAAUUCAGAAAGCCAAAAAAGAAGAAAUCCUUGAGAAAGAAGGAGAAACUGGAUUUGGAUGCCAUGGAAUCAGAAGCUAAAUCAGCUGGUCUGGGAAUUGGAGAUCUUGGUUCUAGGAAGGAUAUGCAGAGACAGUUAGCUAAGGAAGCAAGAGAGAAGUCGGAGGCUGAGGAGAGGAUUAAUUCAUAUAAAUCUGCUUAUAGUAAAGCGGAAGAAGCCUCAAGAGUGCUCCGUGAGGAGCAAACUCUCACAGUUGCAGUUGAUGAAGAUGAAAACCCUGUUUUUGGUGAUGAGGAUGAAGAUCUCUAUAAGUCCUUAGAUAAGGCGAGAAAAUUUGCCCUUAAAAAUCAAGAGGAAGAAGCUACAUCUGGUCCACAGGCAGUUGCGCUUCGUGCAAUUUCUUCAAUUCAUCAGUCAGGGGAAGCUGAAAGUCCAGCUGCAGGUGAAACUCAAGAUAAUAAAAAAAUUGUUUUCACAGAAAUGGAAGAGUUUGUGUGGGGUUUGCAGCUUGAUGAAGAUUCUCACAAGCCUGAUAAGGAAGAUGUCUUCAAAGAUGAUGAGGAGGCUAAUGAAUCCUAUGAGCCAGAGAAAAACGACACAGAGGGUGGUUGGAUGGAAGUUAAGGCCAUGGCGGUAGAUGAACCAUCUGAGGAGGAAAAGAAAGAGGAAAUUGUCCCAGAUGAAACAAUACAUGAAGUUCCUGUUGGGAAAGGUUUGGCGGGAGCCCUUCAGCUUCUUAAGGAGCGUGGUACAUUGAAAGAAACUGUUGAUUGGGGCGGACGAACCAUGGAUAAGAAGAAAAGCAAACUUAUGGGUAUUCGUGAUAAUGAUGGCCCUAAAGAAAUAUCUCUUGAUCGUCUGGAUGAGUUUGGGAGAAUUAUGACUCCUAAAGAAGCCUUUAGGAAACUUUCUCAUAAGUUUCAUGGCAAGGGUCCUGGGAAGAUGAAGCAAGAGAAACGCAUGAAACAGUAUGAAGAAGAAUUGAAGUUGAAGCAAAUGAAAGCUUCUGACACCCCCUUGCUGUCAAUGGAGAAAAUGAGGGAGACUCAGGCGAAGCUGAAUGCUCCAUAUAUUGUGCUUAGUGGUCAGAUCAAACCUGGGCAAACCAGCGAUCCAAGAAGUGGUUUUGCUACUGUUGAGAAGGACCAUCCAGGACACUUGACUCCCAUGCUUGGUGAUAGGAAGGUGGAGCACUUUCUGGGGAUCAAGCGCAAGGCUGAGCCCAGCAAUCUGGCCCCCACAAAGAAACCAAAGGCUUAAAUUUUGUUGAUUCAUUUAUUUCUGGAGUUGAAAAUUUCUAGUCCCCUUUCACAGAGAGGGACUUUGGUGGUCGUGUGGUAAGAUUGAGUCGGCAUUUAAAUGAGUUUCAAGAUAUUAUCUGCUUGGUGUUCAUCCUUUAUGAUGCAGCACAAGGAGGACAGCAAAUGAAAUAGAAGUUGGGAAACAGCAGAUUGGUAACUGGAUUCAUCACUGAUUUCAAUUCUGUUUAAGCAGCAAAAUACAACCUUCAUGUAUAAAGAGAAGCUUUGUGGGAUGAAGCUUGCAUGCCAAGUAUGCUGUUGUUGUAAAUCUUUUGUACCUUACUGUGAAAUUUUGAUGUGCCUUGAUAAUUGGAAAGCAACUCCCUAUGUUGCAGCGUCAGUUGCUGCCUUCUUCCUUGAA